UCAAGACGCUCCGCACUGACAAAAGAACAAGAGGAAAGACAGGGGUGGGCAGCCUGAAAUACUCUUCUCAAGAUGCCUUCUGUUGCGGAGCGUCCGCGCUCUUCGCAAGAAGCUUUACUCCGAUUGGAAAAAGGCUCCGGUUCUCCUAUCAGUCAGCUCAACGAGGCAGCUCAAAUUAUAGGUCUGGAUCUGGCGCUGUGUGCAAGUCACCCGGAAAUCAAUAGAACAACCCACGUUCAAAGUCGCGCCGCUCCGAAGGAAGAAUGGGUUCUCCGGUGGUUAUUGAAGAAGCUGAAGGCGGGGAAGAAUUAUCGCGUCGAGCCUGCAUCUUUCCUCCUGUUACGGCAGCUUAUUGAUCUCAUUCAACCAAAGACUCUAGCGACAAUGCUUAAGGACCAGAAGUACUUGGCAAUCCUCGACCACGCGAUCACCGACUUGGAGGACGAUGUAUUUGCCGGUCUUGAAAAUGGAACGACAGAGUUAGAACAGUCCGAUUCGGAGUCUAGUAAGACUAUGAGUGAUUCGUCGCCUCAGAGUGAUAAAAAGGGAACGAAAAGAAAGAGGACUGGCGACAGGGAGGGAGACGGGAUGGACAUUGACGAGCAGCCGCAGACGCCAACAUCGUGUUUCUUAACCUUCAUUCGUGCUUUGGAUUGCUUGUAUAGCUUGGUAAUGAUUGCAAACCGGACGCUGGAAAUUGAUGAGGUAGCCAGUUCGCAUCUGAAGCAUGCGCUGAAGGGGGAGCCUGAAUCUGUUUCUGUGACAUUAGGAAGGUCGUUCAGACUUGCGGCUGUCGCUACUACCCAGUUUUUUAAUGCACGGAAGACGACUGAUCUGCAACACCUCCUAUAUGUGCUUCCAGCCAUACUGGACCUAUGGGAGUUGAGAUCGAAUCGUCGUGUUGACUCGGACAGUGGAUCAAGCAAUGAAUCGUUUGCUAAGUAUUGCUUCCAAAGUACUCUGAGGCUGCAGCACUGUGUUCGAUCCAUCCAACUUGACACCGACGAGAGAGCCCAAGUUCUGUAUGGGGUCGAGCGUUUAAUUGCACUUCAUGUGGUUCUUCCAGCUCGGGCUGCCUUUUUCGAAAGGGGCGGCUCAGGCAUAGACUAUUCGGCUAGCGAGCCGGACUGGAGCGCCGUAAAGCCCGUUUCUGAUACCUUCCGGCCUAUUCUCUGUGAGCUCGAGUACCCAAGCCAGAAUACCAGCGGUGACAUCGUCAAGCAGAGGACAUUGUGGAAAACCGCAGAGCUUCUACCCGAAUUUUUCGAUAUUGCAUGCCGAUCUGUUCCUAGAGACACCUUCCGAAGACAAACCCACGAUGCUCCUUGGUUGGAAACGCUGUUUGUUGCCGUUGCAGAGCUAGCAUUCUCUAUUGUGAAAGCUGAGAAUACUUCCACUUACCUUCCUGAGUUUGUUGAUGUCUUGACACGGCUGUUCCGCGUCGUCCUUAACCGGAACGUGCAGCUUUCUUUACAUACUCUACUUACUCAUGCUGCCUAUACCGGCCUACAUAGGGACGGGCUAGAUCAAGUUGAGUGGGGCUUAACUGCCUUGUUGGUUGAGCUUGGCGCCGACAUAUUCCUGCCAAAUUCUGGGCUCAGUAACUCGACUCAACUGCUGGACACCUUACUCAAGAAGAUCAACCUGUAUUGGCGUAGUUGUGCUCGCUCUACAGAAGGUAGUUAUGAAAUCAUCAAGAAUGGCAUUGUGAUUCCCCUCAUGCGCGCAUUCUUGGGUGCCAGAGACAUGCCGACUUUCAUGCAGUUAUGGUAUGAGCAACUGAUGGAUGUAGAGGAGGCGCGAUCUGAGGACAGUAGCCUGUCCCUUUUUACUGUCUGGGAGGAUGAUGAUGUAUGCAACGUUUACAGUGAAUUGAUGCGCAGCCCUCUCACCAAUGCACAUGCUUCAGCGCAGAUGCGUGCUGCUACAACUGAAAUUAGAGGCGAAGAUGGAAAGGUUUCGAAGUCUGCUGGAGCUUACGCACAGAUUGUCCUCACAGAGGCCGGUUUCAGAAAUCGCGGGUUGACCGCCACAGAUUCUCAUGAGGAUCUGAGUUCCAUCAUUGAGACACUGAAGUCCACAUUGUCCUCGAAACAGACACUUCAUUGGCGAUGGCGGUUGUGGAGACUGCUUCGCAAUCUUCUUGAGAAUAAUUUGCUGUCAAUUGACAGCUCCCUUACUACAACAAUUAUGAGCCUAAUGGAAGCUGCGACGAAGUCGAUCAAACGUCACCAGAAGGACCAGAUGAAGAAGCUGUGUGCUCCCUUGGAGUGCUUUGAAGCAUAUCGAUUUACUAUUACUACCAUUCACGUGUCUGCAACCUCUAGCCACAUCAAUGAAUUUAACUUGCUCAAUAAAGACAUUACAGAGUUCAUGAAAUCUAGCUUUGGAGAAAUCACAGCACAGUCCAUAAGUUCCUCGUGGAACGGUCGGGUGGACACUCUCAAUUCGACGUCUCUCGUCUUGGCCUACUUUUUAACGCUUGUCAGGAGCCCGGGAGUCUGGCCCAAUGUUAACUUUGAAACUCGACGUUCCCUCUUUCAAAAUAUGCUUUCACUAGCAACUUCGCAAUAUCACCCGUCGUCGACCCUCGAGACACCUCCAUCUGAGGCAGGAUUUUUGCAAGCUUGGGCGAGUGUAGUCUGUCACGAAUACCUCCUUAAUGCUCCUACCAUCGCCAUUGACUUGAUUACCGUUCUGUCAGAAAGAGUCAAGGAGGACGCCUCGAACCGCAGACUCUAUGUUGAGAGUCUCCAGAGAAUCCCCACUCCCCUCAUCACACGUCGCCAGAGGGGCCUACUUUUAGACAUAUUGCAGGGCAUUGUCCUACAGGAGGAUAGCUCGAUCGAAAUUACUUUGGGGAUGCUAACUUUAAUGGCGAAGCUGGCAGACAUGCCCAAGUCUACAGCGGCUUUGACCAGUGCUUGGGAACCGAUUUGGACAGUAGCCAAAGCUGUCAGUUUGCAGGGGACAGAAGUCGACCUGCAGAUUAUGAAAGCAUUCCGAAGCUUACAUCGGGCAGUCAUAUCUAAGCUUCUCGUUCUCUCUGAAGAGGACUGUCGUAAAUUGUUCAAGAAGAUGUAUCGCAAUGUCUCGUCAAAGGCAUCCAAGUUACGAUCUAUUGACCGUGAUUCCAUGAAUUGCUUUUUCUUGAGGAUCUCUUUGUCUCAACUCUGGACUCACCGUAAUCGACUUUCAGAUAUUGUCGAUGAGACGGAGCUGGCCACAUGCCGCCAAAAAGUAUUUGACUUGGUGGUAACGGAAGUCAAGUCUGUCAAAGAUCAAUGCAAGAAGCAGAAAUUAGAGGAAACUAUUACUCUGAUCAAGAUUCUGGAUGCAUUGGAGGACUUUGAAGACCUAGCGACUGAUCACGUCGAGGUUGCGAAAUUCUUGACAAAGAUUGAGAAAUACGUUGAAAAGUCCGUGGACUCAGGGUCUUCACUGAGAAGACUCAUCAGACGCCGUGUUUUGGCUGGCAAAGGCACCGAGAGGAGUAUCACACUACCUGUGAUAAGCUUUGCGGAGACACUACCUCUCCAACACAUGUAUGGCGAAGAGCAGCAACUGUUCAUUCGAUCAACAACUGCCAGAUUCCAGUCGAUGACUGUGGACCAGUUAACUCAAGUAAUCCAAGACACUCGAGAGCUUGGGUUUGGUGGAGACAACGCCGCUUACCAUCUUCUUGUCUCCGGCUUAGCUGUCGCCUCGCUAGAUCCUAUCGAAGACAAGGAAAGCAACACAGCGAAAGAACUCUCUCUUCUAUGCACCGCUGUGACAGAUUCAGUUCGUCGCAGCAAAUCCAUCGAGCACUUUACCCUUGCUACCGAAUGCCUAGACAUUCUUUUGCGUAGCCACACGCGUUGCAUUACUCAGUGGAAUAUCGACAGUCUUCUCGCAUGCGUUGCGGUGUGUGCUUCAAAGGCGGGUCCUCAAAUUAGCCCUGAGUUUUCUGCAUCAAUUUACAUCAGACUGUGUCGGUUGAUGGGCGUGCUUUUCGGUAUUCACCGCCAAAAGCUUGGUGGUCGUUUCCACCUGAUCCUUCCUGCCAUGCAACGGCUCCUUAACUGCUUGUUCGCUCGCACAAAAAAGCGUACACGGGCUAUGGUGUCGGAGAAGAGAUACACUCAACAACCAUAUUGGCUUGCACCCCUGCAGGCCGCUCACGCCGUGCACUUCACCCGUCUCCUCACAUCACUCUGCGACCCGACCGUUUCUGCAGUGUCGAGACCCACCCAGACUGGAAUUGGCCACGAAGGUCUGACUGACCAGACCAAGAAAGCUAAACGGAUCGCGGGCCAAUAUCUCCAGUAUCUCGUAAUGGAGUAUGCACAGAGCUCCCUGCGUGGCUCAUUAACGCCGGAAGUUAAGGCUGCUAUCCUGCCAGGUCUCUAUUCUGUAUUAGAUGUGAUGUCGCGAGAUACGAUGCGGGCCCUGAAUGCCGGAUUAGAUGUAUCCGGACGUGCGAUCUUCAAGAGCCUUUAUGAUGACUACGUGAAGUUCGGCAGAUGGAAUAAGGGUUAGAGGCACUUGAGUAUGUGAAAGUAGGGAAGUGGAAUAUAGGUGGGGAUGGGGCUUGUCAGUAGUUAUUGAUACAUUCUAGCGAACCAAAUAGAUCUCGUCUACAUGUCAAUACCAAUGAAUGGAUGACAAUACGCAUGUCCCAGAACUCGUCGCUGAUAUGUUUAUACAUAGCAGCAUUGCUUACAAUGAAAUUGUUUGAAAACCACAUUCAAACAGUAGCAAACGUAAGUACAGGAGCGAAGCCAUGGCCUGAUUCCGUAGACUUCAUAGACCGAUAGUCCUUCAGAAGAAUAAUCGGAACUGAGGCCUUUCACCAAAUAUAAAAUACUACUG